CAAGAUGCUACCCCUCAGUAACUGAUCGGCCUAUGAGUCUUCCAACCUCGUUGGAUCAAUCACCCAAACAUUGGUGGUGUUCUCAAAAGGAAGAAUACUCAUGGCUGGGGUUUAGCUACCACGUGGGCGGCUGCCCGUCCCGUGCUGUGAUGACAAACACUUUCGGUUGGAUGCGACUCUCGAAGAAAGCCCGCUACGUCAGAUUGUAUGGUGGCUGUGAUCACGAUGGUUUUGAUGACGACGUGAUCGAAGCUGCAGCGGAAGCGGGGGUCGGAAUAUACGCUUUGAUCUGGUUUGGUUUUGAUAACGAUGAUAAAUGGAAAGGCAGGAAAGCGCGGCUUCUCCACGCGAUCAAGGAAAAUCCUAAGGCUCCGUAUGUGAUUCGUACCGUAACUUGUGGCUCAGAACCGUUGUAUGACAAAGUUUUGCCAGUAUUAAAACUCGUGGCACAGAUUGAGGACUUGAAAAAUCAGCUCGAACCGUUUGGGAUUCCAGUCACUCUAUCAGAGAUGCCAGCGGGAUAUAAAGCCAACAAUGAUACUCCGGAGAUCUUCAAAGCGGUCGAUUUCGUCUGUCUACACAGUUUCGCAUUCUUUGAAGGGAACGCAACGACGGCUGAUCAUGCACAGGUUGCGAUCCGGAACGAUGUCGAGUACGGUCUCAAACAUGGCCGAGGAAAGAAAGUGGUGAUCACUCAGACUGGUUGGCCAAGUAACACUAAGAGUUGGAAAGCCAACUCACCUGAUGCUAUCGCUGACAUUGCCCAAGAAAAGCGUUACUUUGAAGUGCUUGACGAGCACUGUGAUUACUUCAAGGCUAAUCGAAUUAGUUGGUUUGCGCACAUAUACAACGAAACUACCUUGGCAGGUUGGGGCAUAUAUUAUGGAAAUGGUACCGAAAAGUUUCAUUUUAAUCCUAGGACCAGCUGCUAAUUGUUGGGGGGGGGUUAGAGCUCAACUUGACGAUUAAUUUGCUGGUAGUGCUCACAUAAA